AUGUCGUCAGGCCAGCAGGUGCGGCCCCUGGCCCCACCGGCCCCCCAUCAAAGCAGCCCCACAGCCACAUUGCCCAACACCCCCAGCCCGGCCAGCAGCCCCGCACCCCCGGCCCGGCCAGCAGCCCCGCACUCCCUGCCCCCCGGCCUGGCUGGCAGCCCCCGCACCCCUGGCACCCCCAGCUCCGAGAAGGUGGCUUCCCCGCUGGAGUGUUCCAUCUGCUUCGUGGCCUACGAUAACACCUUCAAGACGCCCAAGCAGCUGUCCUGCGCGCAUGUCUUCUGCCUCGAGUGCCUGGCCCGGCUGGCGGCCGCCCAGCCCACAAGCCGCCCUGGCAGCGAGGCAGUGCCCUGCCCCUUUUGCCGGCAGCCCACGGCCAUGCGCCGGGGGGCCCCUGCGCUGCGCACCAGCCGCCAGCUGCAGGCCCGGAUGCCGGUGCACCUGCGGCGGGAGGCCCCUGUGUGGCUGGAGGGCACCAAGCUGUGCUGCCGGCCCCCGGCCCCCGCGCCCGGCCUGGUGAGUGUGGAGGUGGGCCUGAGCAAGCCCGAGGCCCCUGCGCCGUUGCCUGGCCCCGGCCCCGCCCGCCACCCCCAGGGCCGCUUGGCCCGCUGUAGGGCCUGCUGCAGGGCCCGCUGUGGGGACUGGCGGCGCAUGACCCUGGUUGUGGCCCUGCUGCUGGUGCUGUUCUGUGUGGCACUCUGGCCCGUGCAGUGUGCCUUCCGGACGGGCAGCCUGCGCUGCCUGCCCCGGGCACCUCCCGCCGCCCCUGCCCCCGUGGCUCCUGCGGAGUCGGCCCUGCCCCUAGGGGUCCUGGCCACGCUCUAG